GAGGAGAUCGAGGUCGACGUAAACGCACCCGAGCCGCCGUCCAAGCGAGCGCGACGAGCCCUCAAGAAGGGAAAGCCUCUGCCGACCAAGCCCUCGAGCGACGAUGAGAAGGAGGACAAGAACGGAGAAAAGGAGGGCAAGGAGAAGACGCGGUCCGAGCACGGCGUCUGGAUCGGCAACCUGCCGUUCCGGCUGACGGCCGCGGAGCUGCGCACAUGGCUGGUGGACAACUCGGGAGGCGUCAUCACCCCCGAGGCGAUUACGAGAAUCAAGCUGCCGACGGUCAAGGAUGCCACUCGGCGCAAGGACGAGAAGCCGGCGAACAAGGGCUUUGCGUAUGUCGACUUCACAGACAUUGGCGGCAAGGUCGCCGCCAUUGCGCUCUCGGAGACGGACCUGAACGGACGCAAGCUGCUCAUCAAGGACGCCAAGUCGUUCGAGGGCCGUCCGGCCAAGGAGAAGGAGCCCGAGGACGCGGCUGCCGGGAAGGCGGAUGCAAAGGACCCGUCAAAGAACAAGACGGAGCAGCGCCAGGAGACCAACGCCAGCCGCAAGGUGUUUGUGGGCAACCUCAGCUUCAAGACGACCGAGGAGGACCUGAUGCGCAACUUUGAAAAGUGCGGCGAGAUUGAGUGGGCCAAGCUGGCGACGUUUGAGGACUCGGGAAAGUGCAAGGGCUACGGCUGGAUCAAGUUCAAGGAGCCGGAGGCUGCGGCAUGGGCCGUCAAGGGCUUUGUCAAGAUCAAGGAGGCGGUGGAGACGGAAGAUGACUUCCGGGAUGACAAGAGCGACAACAACGAGGAGGCCGAGGAUGAGGAGGGGGGAGAAAAGGGUAACAAGGCGGCGCAGAAGCAGUUCAAGACGCGCAAGUGGUGGGUGAACCGUAUGCUGGGCCGCGAGCUCAAGCUGGAGCUUGCCGAGGACGACCAGGUGCGGUACAAGAAGCGGUUCGGCAAGGAUGCUUCCAAGAGGAUGGACGACACAUCAAGACCUCCCCGGAGAAGCAGGACGGAUGACAGAGAUCAUGGCAAGGGAGGCAAGGCGGAGGCUGCGACGCCGGCAAAGGCCGCGCCGGAUAUUGCUGUGGCUCGUUUGACGGGAGGACUGGUGGAGCAUACGGGAACCAAGGUGACUUUUGACUAG